GCGGGACUGCUUCCUUUGCCCGCCCCUCCACUUCCGCGAUUGGCUGUGCGGCCUAGGGUUUCCGCCCCCUAGGCCUGCGCCUGCGCGAAGUGUCGCACCUGAUGGUGGGAGGUGGUAGCUGCCCCUUCCCUUCGGCGGGCGGGAGAGUUAGAUAGCCACUCAAGGAAACACCAUGAAAAAUGCUGAUAUCAAGAGACUACUGUAUACCCAUCUUUUAUGCAUAUUCUCAAUUAUCCUAAGCAUCUUCAUUCCAUCAUUCUUCUUGGAGAACUUCUCAGUAUUGGAAACUCACUUGAUGUGGUUGUGCAUCUGUUCUGUUUUUGUAACUGCCGUCAAUCUAGUAUUAUAUGUAGUGGUGAAACCAAAUGCAUCCAGUAAAAGAAGUUCAUUAUCAUACAAGGUAACCAGAUUUUUGAAAUGCUGUUUCUACUUUCUUAUGUCUUGUUUCGUCUUUCAUGUAAUUUUUGUUCUAUAUGGAGCACCAUUAAUAGAGCUGGUGUUGGAAACAUUUUUAUUUGCAGUGAUCUUGUCUACUUUUACUACAGUACCUUGUUUGUGUUUGUUAGGACCAAACUUCAAAGCAUGGCUAAGAGUUUUCAGUAGAAACGGAGUUACGUCCGUUUGGGAGAAUAGUCUCCAGAUCACCACACUUUCUAGUUUUCUAGGAACAUGGCUUGGAGCCUUUCCUAUUCCACUCGAUUGGGAAAGGCCAUGGCAGGUGUGGCCCAUCUCCUGCACGCUCGGAGCGACCUUUGGCUAUGUGGCUGGCCUCAUUAUUUCACCGCUCUGGAUAUACUGGAACAGAAAGCAGCUUACAUACAAGAACAAUUAAGUGGAACAAAGGAAGAUUUUUUUUGUGUGCAGAUUCCAUAAAGACUGUGCAGAAAUGUAUAUGGUCUAAGCCAGGCAGUCCCAUUUACAGCACUGUUUUUUAUGUAGUUACAUGAUGUGAUUGUAGCUUUUUAAACUAUGAAACCCCUGAGAGAUUGUACCUUCUAGUUGAAAUAAAGUAUUUAUAAUAGAUUGUGGCUUCA